UGAUUGCAGUGGUGUAUCACACACAGUUAAAUUCUUUGGGCAAGACCUGCUGCUACAAGCACUAAGGGACUUCAUUUCUUCUCCUUGCAGUGAUGCAAAACUGUACCAGACACCUUCACCUGCGAACUCAUGAAAGAUGCAGUUUUGGAGAAAAGCAUAGUGUCCCACAGAGGAGCUGGAGAGGCUUGUGGUGCUGAUGUGCUCUGGCACCUGACGUGUGCCAGCAGUCUUCUCAUCAAGGGGACCUGGACGUCAUUGUCACCAUAGAGACAGAAAUGAGGAUUCAGUUUCAAAGGGUGAAGAGAAGCUGGCAAUUAGGAAGGAGAAAGCGUUUUCUGCUGCAGGUCUGAGAAAGGGCAGGCUGGCAUGGAGAAAGAGAAGUUCCAGCAGAAGGCUCUGAAGCAAACUAAGCAGAAGAAAUCCAAGUCGGCUGAAUUUCUGAUGGUAAAAGAAGAGAAAGCAGCAAUAGAAGGCAUUGAAAAUCCAGCUUUUAACAUCAGCAGCACAGAUCUUUCAGCAUAUCAGCCUUCAAAAGAGAAAGUUACUACACAUGACAAGCCAGAUAGCACCCUUGCUGCUCACCAACAAAAACUCAGGCUACAAGCCCAUGCUGAACCAAGAGGAAAUGAAUACAGCAGAAAUUACUUUGACCUGUUGAUGGAUGAGGAAAUAAACCCAAGGCAGUGUGGGAUGGAGGUCAGUGAAGAAGAUCCUGUGAAAUUUGAUGAGCAAAUCCUCUAUGGUAAAUUGAUGAAGCUUCUAGAUGAAGAAAACAUAACGCUGGACUUACAAGCCAGUGUUGCCAGUGAGGAUUUUCCAGACUCCGUGAUGCCUGUCAGCUCCAGUAAAGCACAUGACCUUCACAGGGAGCUUGAAGAUGAAGAGAUUCCUUCAUAUAUCGAACAGUUUGAGAGAGAUGUUCAGGAUGACAUAAUUCUGCUUGGCAGCUUUUCGCUGGAACAGUUUUUUCCUUUUUUUUUUUUUCUUUUUGGCAUAUUGGUCUCAAAGCACCACAAGGAGGUCUCUCACCAGGAGAAACAAAAGUUGAGAGCCAGGAUUCAUGAACUCUGUCAAAGAGUGGGAAGUCAGCUGUUGAAAGCAGAGGGGAAUGAAAGUGAAGAAGAAAUGGCAGCCAGCUUUGGUAACCUUGCAGUUCUGAAUGCUGGAUUAAAUGUAGCAACAGGACCUUGCAAGAAGGUUGACUGCUCCAAGACACCACAGCUGAUAGAAAUUCACGUCAAAUGCCUGAGGGGAGUCAAAGAUAAGGUCCCUAGAGGCCACUAUACCCUCAAAGUUUCUGUUCUCAGCCGCUUAGGUGGUGGCUUGCUGGAGUGGCCCAAAAUGAAGGAGCAGCCUCAGGCCAGGACAACGCUGCCUGUUAGUCACGAUGGAAACUUCUACAGCACUGAAAUCUACUUCGAGCAAAGUAUCCAGACAGUUCUACCACCUACAAAAGCUGUGAAGCCAGGCAUGGUCCUCCUUUUUGAGCUCUUCCUUCUUCGUGGGACGCAUACUUGGAUUGAUCGGGAAGUGGGAUGGGGAGCUUUCCCUGUGUGUGACAACAAUUUUAAUACUUUGGAGGGAAAAUUUAAGUGUCCCUUCCUUAGGGGCCAUUACGACUCCAAAAUUGACCGAUUCAAGAAAAUUGAAAAUUUAAUUUCUCAAGACUUGGAUCACUGGUUAUGCAAUCUCUAUUUCCAGAUAAUUAAACUACCACAGGAUUCAGAUGAGCGAAGUAAGUGUGGUAUGCAUCUUAAUCUCCCGCCUGAACAUGUUAUGUAUUCAAGCACUGCUGAAAAGAAUGGUGUCUCAGAGAAUGUUGAACAGCCUGGACUGCAAGGUGAUGGAUUCAAACUUUCAUGUUUUUAUCCAGGCUUUCAUUGGGGCAACCCAUAGUUUCAUUCCAGUGUUGGCUUGUCGUUAUUGUCUUGUUAAACUAGAUUUUCCUCAUUCACAUAUUGGUCCAAUAUGUAUUAUAGCAGGAAUAUUGUGAUUUUUUUUUUUUUUAAUUAAGAUUGCUUAACUUCAUUUUCAGUUGUGAGCAAUUUAAACCAGCCUCAUUGCUGAGGAUGAAACUUUCUGUUCUGGCCUC